AUGGCGAGGGUAUUACUGCUGCACCUCCGCGUCCUUCUCAUGGGGCUCCUACUAACACAGACCUUGACAGUCCAGGCGAACAGAGGGGCGACAUCACCGGACGAAGAGCGGGACAAAGAGAGCGACGUGGAGACACCGUGUGAGGUUAAAGCCGUUACCGUCUCUACGCUGCCCGUACUCCGGGAGAACGAGUUCAGCUUCACCGGCGGAGCCUCGGGGAGCUUGGUCGGUGGAGGAGGGAGCGCUGCUGGAGCAGGUGGUGCUGGUGGAGGAGGAACUGGAGGAGGAACUGGAGGAGGAGGUGGAGCAGGAGGAGGGGGGGAAUCCCGACUCCUAUUAUUCGUUAGGACAGAUCUACCUGGGCGAAUUUCCGUAAUGGAUGAUCUUGACAACACAGCUCUCCCCUACUUCACACUCGAGAUGUCGGGUACGGGAGAAGAUAUUUCUCAGGUACACUGGAAGCAACAGUGGUUGGAAAAUGGGACACUGUACUUCCAUGUGUCCAUGACUGAGUCUGAGCUUGUAGCUCAGACAACACAACCCACAGCCCGGGAGCCUGCUCAUGUCCUACAUGAACACAUGCAUCUGCUUCACAUCUCAGUUAUGGGAGGCCUCAUUGCCCUCCUCCUCCUAAUUCUCCUCUUCACCCUUGUUCUGUAUACACGUCAUCGAUGGUGCAAGCGUCGCCGUAUCCCCCAGAAGAGUGCCAGCACCGAGGCCACCCAUGAGAUCCAUUACAUCCCCUCUGUUCUACUCGGACCCCAGGGCCGUGACAGCUACAGGGGCUCUCGAGGCACUCACCAGCAUGGCAGCUCUGUCAUAGGAAUGCCCAUUCGUGAGACUCCCAUUCUUGAUGAUUAUGACUGUGAUGAGGAAGAUCAAGGUGGACACUCCCUUAACUCCACACCCAACCAGCUCCACAACAAACUGAGCGAUGGGAAGGUCCAGGAGGACUACGGAGUUAGCUUUGGCAUCGGAGGACACACAGACAUUAUGUGCAAGGAAGAUGAGUUUAAACAUAAUUUUGAAAAACGAGCCAUUGACCCGAACAAGGAAGCAGUGGAGGAUUUGAUGCAGAGGUUCCAGGACAGUUUCCGUGUUCCCAACACGCCAACAGACAUGUCUCACUACCAGCAUGUCAUGCACAGUUCAUCUACAGGCCGCCGGAGGGUCCCCAGCCACACCAGAGUGCCAGCAACUGGAGGUGUGUUUGGUCCUCAAGGAGAAUCAGGGUCAGAGCCUGAAGAUGACAACCAAAUGAAGUUUUACACAGAGCAGCACAGAGGACGAAGACGUAGCAAAGGCCACCCACACAGUCCUCUAAAUAAGGUCACCCUGACGUUGAUCACCAUCAGCACAUGUGUCAUUGCCAUUGUCUAUGCUACACAGGAUUCCUGCCCCCUCACUGUCAAGGUUACUCUCCAUGUGCCAGAGCAUUUUGUUGCGGAUGGAAGUAGUUUUGUUGUGAGCAUGGGCAGCUUCCUGGAUGUUUCUAAUUGGCUAAACCCAGCCAAGCUUACCCUGUACUAUCAAACCAAUUCGUCCACACAAUGGGUGCGAGACUACUGUGGCCAGAGGACCACGGAGCCCUGUGAGCAGAUUUGUGACAAGGACACAGGAGAAUGCAGCUGUCAUGAGGGUUAUUCCCCUGAUCCUGUCCAUAAACACCUCUGUGUCCGCAGCGACUGGGGUCGCAACGAAGGUCCUUGGCCGUAUGCUAACUUGGAAAAAGGCUAUGACCUAGUUACGGGAGAGCAGGCCCCAGAGAGGAUCUUCAGAUCAUUCUACAGUCUGGGCCAAGGGUUGUGGCUUCCAGUCAGCAAGAGCUUUGUGGUGCCGCCAGUGGAACUGUCAAUCAAUCCCAUCGCCAGCUGUAAGACAGACGUGUUGGUUACAGAAGAUCCAGGGGAGGUCAGGGAGGAGGCAAUGAUGUCUACUUACUUUGAGACAGUAGAGGACCUACUUGCAUCUUUUGGGCCUGUCCGUGACUGCUCCAAAGAUAACGGUGGCUGCAAGAAGAAUUUCAAGUGUGUGUCUGACCGACAGUUAGACUCAUCUGGUUGCAUGUGUCCAGAGGGGCUGAGGCCAAUGAAGGAUGGCUCAGGUUGCUAUGACUACUCCAGGGGCAUUGACUGCACGGAUGGCUUCAAUGGAGGCUGUGAACAGCUGUGUCUUCAGCAGCUUGUGCCCCUUGAAGAUGACCCUAGCUCCAGCAACGUGCUCAUGUUUUGCGGGUGUGUGCAGGAGUACAAACUGGCAGGGGAUGGGCGCUCCUGCCUACUGCAGUCAAACAACUGUGAGGGACCAAAGUGCCCAAGGCAGGAUGUCCACUUCAAUGACACCCUGUUUGGUGAGAUGCUACAUGGAUACAACAACAAAAGCCAGCAAGUCAACUUGGGACAGAUAUUCCAAAUGACCUUCCGGGACAACAACUUUAUUAAGGACUUUCCCCAACUAGCUGAUGGUCUCAUGGUCAUCCCUUUACCAGUAGAGGAACAGUGUAGAGGCGUGUUAUCUGAGCCCCAGCCCAACCUGCAGCUCCUCACAGGGGAUGCCCAAUUCAGUGAAGCAGUUGGCUAUCCUAUGGUUCAACAGUGGAGAGUGCGCAGCAAUUUGUACAAAGUCAAACUCAGCUCCAUCACCUUAUCUACAGGCUUUUCCAAGGUGCUGAAGACACUGUCAGCGGACAGCACACGUGAAGAACUGUUGUCUUUUCUUCAGCAAUACGGCAGCCACUAUGUGUCUGAGGCCCUCUAUGGCUCUGAGCUCAGCUGCAGUAUCUUCUUCCCCAGCAAGAAGGCCCAGCAGCAGCUCUGGCUGCAAUACCAGAAAGAGGCAACAGACCAGGGGGUUGGCGGAGGUGGGAGGCGUGAGCUGAAGUCAGUUCCCUUCAUCAGCUACCUGUCAGCACUACAGAAGAGCCAGCUGUUGUCUGACGACAUGGUGAAUGGCGUAGAGAUCCGCUGCGAGGAGAAAGGCAGUUGUCCAGCUGGUUGCCACCUGUGCCAUCACCAAGCCAUGAUAGGAAGUGUGUCGGGGAGAGGCCGCAGUGGUAACAGCAGGAGUGGAGAACAGCCUUCACCCAUUCCUGUUCUGCUGGAAGUCAGCCGUGUGGUGCCCCUCUACAGCCUGGUCCAAGACAAUGUCACCAAAGAGGCCUUCAAGAGCGCCACAAUGAGCUCAUACUGGUGUGCUGGAAAGGGCGAUGUCAUUGAUAACUGGUGUCGCUGUGACCUGAGUGCCUUCAGCAAAGAUGGCCUGCCUAACUGCAGUCCCCUCAGGAAGCCAAUUUUGCGCCUAGCCCCUUACCUGGAGCCUUCGAGCACGAUGGUGGCCCUGGAGUGGAUGGAUGUAGAGCCUCUGAUUGGCUGCAAGAUUUCUGACUACAUCAUCCAGCAUAAACGUGUGGAGGACCCCUCAGAGGCAGAGGUGUACACAGGUGAGGUUCUAAGCUUGGUGGAUGAACUGUUCUCUGGUUUGGGUUCAUCCUGUGUUGUUGCCGGGAAAAGGAGUGGAGAACAUCUUCAUUCUGUGCUUUAUUCGGUGGUCUUCAAGUGCCUGGAACCUGACAGUCUUUACAAGUUUACUCUCCAUGCAGUGGACAGCCGAGGUAGCCACUCUGAGUCAAGCUUUGUCUCAGUACGGACAUCAUGCCCGAUGGUGGAUGACAGCCGAGCUGAAGAGAUAGCAGACAAGGUGUACAACUUGUACAAUGGCUACACUAGUGGCAAGGAGCAGCAGAUGGCCUACAACACACUGAUGGAGAUCCCUCCUCCGCUGCUAUACAGAGUCCAGCACCACUACAAUUCCCACUAUGAGAAGUUUGGAGACUUUGUCUGGCGUAGCGAGGAUGAGCUGGGCCCCAGAAAAGCCAACUUGAUCCUUCGUAGGGUGGAGAAGAUUAGCCACUACUGCCGUUCCCUCCUGCUCAGCACCUACAUCCAGAGCCGCACCGACACCAUGGCAUAUGUCUACUGCCGGAAUGAAGAAGGACGACCUCCCAGUAACACAUGGCAUGGCUCCUUACAUGAAAGCCGCACCGCCUGCAUGGAAAAGCUCAUUUCUGUACAGCGUAACACAUAUAGCAACACCAAACUCCGAUGAGACGAGAGAAGUGGUGUGGGUUUUUUUUUCUUUUCCUGCAAAAUGACAUCACUGAUUGAUUGAUGUACCUCGUCACAUC